AUGACGACUGCGAACAGCAGCGGUGGUGGCAGCGCAAAGGACUUUGCUAUUGAAACCCUCCUCACUCUGAUCGAGGACUACCACUCAUUCAAUCCAGACACCACAGUCCCGACUUAUGAAUACCCAACACACCUCGAAUUCAGCCAACAGGUAGCCCGCGGGCGACCGUGCGUAUAUCGGCUUGACAGCAGCGUCCUCGACGAUCGCGCGGUGAGUGGAGGGAGUCAAGUCGAGGAUGGAAGCUACGGCAACGACAACAGCGGAGGUGAGAUCGCAAAGGUUUCGUCGCCGCGAAAAACAGAGAAGAGCAUCCAACGUCAACGCCUGCGAGAAGAGCAGCGGUCCAUUCUUUCGGCGCCGUGCUUUUCGUGGGCGAAGAAGAGUCUCUGCGAGCUUGUACAGGGCGAGGUCGAGGUCGCUGUGACGCCGGACGGGAGGGCAGAUGCGCUCUACUCUCUUCCUCGGAGGACGAGGACUCAGUCUCAGUCUCACCCUCAACGAGAAGCGGAUGGGGAUGAACCAGAACAAGUCUUCCUCCAACCAGCCUCGACGUACAUGACGCUUUCCACACUGAUUGACAAGCUCUGUCCUCCAUUAGAGCCAUCACAAUCUUCAUCACAUCUUCCUCGCUCGCCUCGCUCCCCUUCAGCCCCGCCCCAAUACCAAUCCACAUCCACAUCUGCAUCCACAGCCACAGCAACAACGACAACAGAACCAGUCCACUACCUCCAAUCCCAGAAUUCCAACCUGCACACCCCACCGCUAUCCUCCCUUCUGGGUUCUCUCCCACCGACACCACCGCCCUUCAGCGCCGCCGUGCUCGGCGACCCCGAGGCCGUCAACAUCUGGAUCGGCAAUGCGCUGUCCGUGACCAGCACGCACCGCGACCCGUACGAGAAUCUCUACGUGGUGGUCAAGGGCCGCAAGCGGUUCGUGCUGUACAACCCCGUCGAGGAGGUGUGUCUACACGCCCAGAAAGUCCGGACGGGGCGGUGGGCGUUGUCGGAUUCACAACGGCAGAAAAAGGAAACGGAGUUUACGAUUCUCAUGGACGACGAUGACGACGACGACAAUACCACCACCACCGCCACCGCCCCAGACCCCAACAGCGGCGGCGACGCAGACAUGAACCGUAUCCCCUGGAUCCCCAUCGAUCCGCUCAAACCCCCGUCUGCCGCCGCGUCCCAGAAAUACCCAUACUAUAAAUACACGCGACCUCUCACUGUCACCGUCUCGGAGGGCGAAAUCCUCUACCUCCCAGCGGGAUGGUUCCACCACGUCACCCAGGAAUGCGGGCUCUGGGAGAGUGACGACGGAUGCCCGACGACGGCGCCCUGUAUAGCCGUCAACUACUGGUUCGAUAUGGAUUACUCAGGAGAGAAGCACGUGAUGAGGGAGAUGGUCGGACGGUUAGUUGAGAAGAUCCGAAUGUCGGAAAACACAUGA